UUUACUAUUUGCCAAUUAUGUAUUGAGGAGCAAGCCAACAUGAGAAUCCUCCCUUUUCAUCAAAAUGUCGCUCGUCGUUCCCGAGAAGAACCAUUUCCAGCACAUUCUUCGUCUUUUGAACACCAACGUUGAUGGUCGUGUCAAGAUUCAAAUUGCCUUGACUUCCAUCAAGGGUGUUGGUCGUCGUUUCGCCAACAUUGCCUGUAAGAAGGCUGAUGUUGAUCUUACCAAGAGAGCUGGUGAACUUUCUAGCGAAGAAUUGGAACGUAUCGUCACUGUUCUCCAAAACCCCACUCAAUACAAGAUCCCCACCUGGUUCCUUAACAGACAAAAGGAUAUUGUUGACGGCAAGUCCACUCAAGUCAUCUCUAACGUUCUUGACACCAAGUACCGUGAAGAUCUUGAACGCUUAAAGAAGAUCCGUGCUCACCGUGGUCUUCGUCACUUCUGGGGUGUCCGUGUUCGUGGUCAACACACCAAGACUACCGGUCGUCGUGGACGUACUGUUGGUGUCUCCAAGAAGAAAUAAGUUUCAAAAUACAAGGAGCGAGCUAUAUUGUCAAAUAAAAAGUUAUUUUGCAAAAUUAAGCUUUUUAUUGUUGCUCUUGUUGAUUUGGUGAACAGUAAAGUAUAUAAGUUAGGAGCUUUAUUUGUACGUUUGGGUGUGUGUAAUGUGUUAUUCUUGACAUUGCUCUGGGAAUGCUCGUAUACAUAUUAAGGAUGUAUGCGAUCAAUGGCACCAUUUCUUGAAAGGCUUGUUAAAAAAAAAGCCAUAUAGGUCAUAAUUUACAAGACUGUUUUGCCCUUGUUAACAUUAUUGAGAG